GCAGGCGAUCACACAAGUGUUAAAAGUACCAGCCCCAGCUGUUGCCCGGACCAGCGCGCUCAGCAUCCACAUCCCACAAAGUCCGACAGAGAGGAGGGAGAGCGCGCACGGAGCGCAGAGGGGAAAGUUGAGCAGAGCUUUUAUAGUGUGGAUUGCUUUUGACGCAUCUGUGGAUACUUUGGGUAUUUAUCUUCAAGAUUUUUUGGUGUUGCUUUUUUUUUUUUUACUCUUUUGGAAAUUAUUACCGGAUCAAGAUGGGCACUCAAAUCCUUACUAUGAUUUCCUCCCACCUGCCUCUGCUGACGCUGAUCUGCGUCCUGGCCACCACGACGGUUACAGGGGACCUCCGCCUCUCAAGUAACCUUCAUGAGGACAUGAUCACCCGGCAUAUGCACAGGCUGUACGAGAAAUACAACAGGGAGAACCGCCUGAAGGAAGGAAAUACUGUACGCAGUUUCAGAGCCCUCCAAGACCCAGCCGGCCACAGGAUCAUGUACAGACUCAACCUCACAACCCUUCAGGACUCAGAGGCCAUCCUCUCUGCAACUCUCCACUUCCUGCUGGAUGAGCACACACACACCAAACCGUGGCUCUGCAAACGCGCCAAGAGCCCGACCUGCCGCUCUGCAGCCACGCACCCUUCUCCGCCCGUCAGCUUGCUGUUUCGCUCCCUCUCCUCCGGGUUCGAGGCCAGAUCUGAUCUGGUGGGAUCGUCCCUGGGUAACGUGACCUUCUACCCCCACAGGAGAGGCCUGUGGCAGAUGAGAGAUGUGACCCAGAUAAUAAAGGAAGCUCGAGACAGGGGUCAGCUCUUGGUGUCGCUGGACCUGGACUGCGGAGAGCAGCGCCACCAGAAACGACCGAUUCUCUCCGCUGCCAGCAUGCCUUACCUGUUGCUGUACGCCGACGACCAAGCUUUGGCGGAGCCCAACAGCGUUGCUGCGAGCCUUCAGCGAUACGACCCAAUCAACGAGGGAGCGGCGCUCCUGCACCGGUCUAACUCCUCACCCAGACUGAAGGGACGCAUAAGAAGGGAGGCAAACCCGCUGCCUGACUCCAUUCAGAGCAAUGAGCUGCCCAAGGUAGACUACAGGCCCGGUGGAUACAGAAAAGAGGAUCUGUGGGAAAUCGACUGGCACCUUGCACUCAAGCCCAAGUUCAAGCCAGACAGGAAGGAGACGAUGAGUAAGAGCCAGGACGGGGGCAGAGGAGAGCAAAACGAAGCAGAACCUCCGACCUCCAAAGAAGAGGAGGAAAGAACAGCGGAGCGGAUCAAGGCCGAUGGUUCGGCUAAUAAAACCCUCAGAGGUGGCGCCGCGCUUUUUGUCAGCGACAGACGGAAGAACGAGCGGAGCAAGGAGGGAAAGAAGGGAGGAAGACACGAGGGGAGGGCGAACGCUCGGUCGCCCGUCCUGAGCUUCGACGAGCAAACGAUGCGGAAGGCGAGGAGACGCCAGUGGAGCCACGACAGGCGCUGCUCCAGGAGGAACCUCAGAGUGGACUUCGCUGAUAUCGGAUGGAGCGAAUGGGUCGUAGCCCCCAAGUCGUUUGACGCCUACUACUGUGCCGGCGCGUGUGGUUUCCCCAUGCCGCAGGUGGCCAGGCCGUCUAACCACGCCACCAUUCAGAGCAUAGUGCGAGCUGUUGGAAUCGUCCCCGGGAUUCCCGAGCCCUGCUGCGUGCCAGAAAGCAUGAGUCCCCUGGCCGUGCUCUUCCAGGACGAAUCCAGGAACCUGGUGAUCAAGGUUUACCCCAACAUGUCCGUCCAGUCCUGCUCCUGCCGAUAAGGCAGAGGCGAGGGAGGGACACAGAAAAGGGAGAAACUGACAGCAGGCGUAAAGGCGAUUGAAUUGUGCAUCAACUGGUUCCCUGAUGCCGGAAGACAAUGUCCUAAACUAUUCCAUUAAGGAAUCGGGGGGGGGAUGUAGAGGAAUCACUUCCAUCUCUUCUGUCCCGAAGGAGCAGAAUUGAAUUCGUCUGGCAUCUCCAACGGCAGGAGAAACACAUGUAAAGUGGGUGUUAUACAGAAGCCCUGCAGGGUCGCUGUUAAAAUGUUCUCAGUAGUAAAAACAUUUAGAGGAUUGUUUCCUUGUAAUAACGGAAAGUUUUCAAAGACAGCUCACCGGGAGUUUGUGGUUGUGUGUUUCAACGUGCAGAUCAAAAGUGUUCAUACCCGAUAACCAUUCAACAUUUUCUCAUAUUAAAACCGCAGACUUAACGUAUUUUAUAUAUAUAUAUAUAUAUGACAGGUUAAACACAAAGUGGUGCAUAUUUGUGAAGCGGAAAUACCUGAAUCUCAUAAGAGGGAAAGAGAUCGUCAUUAAACAGCAGUUUUAAAAUCUUAACAUAGAUUCUCAUUUGGGUUUAGGUCUGGGUUCUGACAAAGUCAUACUAUUGCAUUAAUGUGUUUUUUUUUCUAAACCAACCCAUGUUUAAGGUUUUUGCUCUGGAACAGGGCUCACCAACCUUUUAGAAACUGAGAGCUACUUCAUUGGUGUUGUCUCUUACGAAGGACUACCAGUACUGGCCUUUGAACAAGAAGAUUCAGAGCUCACCUUAAACUUUAUGUAAAAUAAACACAUUUUUUAUGCUUUGUUAUAGACAUUGUCAUUUUUAAAUCU